UCGCACAUAAGUCGUCGAUAUGGAUUUUCCCCUAGUCAGUUUCCAAGGCGGUGACCUUACCCAACGGGGACUCCGUUCCUCUUCACACUUAACGCGAAGCGAUGCACCUUUUCUCGUUGAAGAUGCUGACGCCACUUCCCUUUUGAAUCAUAGUUUGCAGCAAUUGGAGGAACAUUCGGUUUUAACGUCGUUGGGUAUUCAUCAGCGUGUGUAUGUGCUACGUUCAAAAAGCAAACGUGCUUUACUGACCUACCACGAUAUUGGCACUAAUCACACUUCCUUUCUCGGUUUCUUCAAUCACCCACAAAUGCGUGUCCUUACCAGACAUUUCACUGUGUAUCAUGUCUGUGCCCCCGGUCAUCAUGAGCACGCCUCCAAUGAGAUUUACGAAGUUUCUGUCAAAUCUCUUCGUCGUUUAAAGAGUGAGCCGGCGACUGAUCAAUGGAGUGAAUCGUUGCUACCGGACAGCAAACAAGUAACGAGCACCGACAAAACACACCUGGACGUUCCUCUUGCUGUUGGAGCGCGUCGCUCUUCUGCUGCCUCCGAAUCAGGGCCGCACUACCCAACUCUGGACCAACUCGCUCAGAUGCUCACCUCCAUACUGGGGCACUUUGGCAUCGACUGCUUCAUCGGAUUCGGGAUGGGCGCCGGCUCCAAUGUUCUCGCUCGUUACGCGCUGCAUUUUCCAGAUAACGUGUUGGGUCUUUUUCUGCUCAACCCAACGGCCACCACUCACCCGUAUUAUCAGAAGUUUCGUUGCCGUUGGUGGGAUCUACCUCAACUGCAGCAAGGUGUUCUGACUGAUAACAUGUUGGAACAACUGAACACACAUUGGUUCGGUUAUGGUCUGGAUGAAAACGCGGAUGUCGUUCGUUUCUAUCAUCAACUGGCAAGUAGUCUUAACCCGGUCAAUUUGGCAGGUUACAUCCAAUCUUUCAUGGAACGUACUCCUCUGAAUUUGGUUCGUCCCAUUGGUCCUUGCGUACCAAGCGAAAACCAAGCACAGCGGAACCAACCGGAAACCACCGUUAUCACCACCGACGUUUGUUUGGUAACGGGCGACCGGGCCACCGAUUUGUGUCGAGCUCUUGCAGACAUGAACGGGAAAAUGGAUCCAAAACGGACUCAGUACCUCAUGAUACCGGACUGCACUGGGAUGGUUAUGGAGGAAUCUCCAGAGAAACUGGCAGUCGACUUUCUACACUUCCUUCGCAGCAUCGGCUUACUGAUUAGCCUCACUCCAGAGAAGAUGCACCAACAGGCUGUGCUGUUACAGCAAGCAGAACAAGAGCGCUCAGCUCAGGAACACUCUGUGGGAGGACUCACUCCAGCCAGGCUCAAUGUGGAAAGCGAGGUUUACUAACACACACACACACACACACACUCUCAUUCGUGCAAUAUUCACUCUCCUUCAUGCACAUACAUAUCUACUUCUGUUGCAUUGUUAUUGUGUGCGUUUCCGUCGUCUGCCCAUUCCCAUCACACAUUGUUGCCACCACUGUUUCAUUUGUUUUGGCGACCCGCACUCAAUGUUUGUCCACAGGAUGUGACUAUUAGUUAUUUUGCCUUGAUUUCUCGCUGUCCAUUCGUUUUAUCAUGUGUGCCCUUAUCAUCAUAGCCAUGCAGUGGUAGCCUUCAUGACUUUCUAUAUUGAUAACCUCGUUUUUCUUCUUCUAGUUUAAAUGGACGUUUCGAUCCAUGCAACGUUUGUAUUUGUUGCCCAUGUUCAUCGCUCAUCUGCUCUACCCGCUUUCGGACUCUCUGUUAGUGAAUUCUCUAGGCGCUCACUACUGGAUGUUGCUAUAAACACUUGUACACACAAGUGUUUAGCCGGGUUGUCAUUUGCAAGCAUUUAGGAGCUAUUAAUGAGAACGGUGAUGUUUCUUGCCUCUUCAACGCAGUCGAGUUUCUUUGCGGUGAACUCCUUUUGGAACUGUAUUUAUGCAUUUAUUCACCAGCAUUAUCGGAGUCGC